ACGGUCAUUAAACAAAGUUAGUUAGAAAUUUUACGAAAUAAUGACGAAAACCAUACACCUGCCACAGUGGUUAAAUGCGGAACUUUUUCUAAGUGUGUUGGAAAAACAUGUUGUAAAUUUUGAAAAAAUACAAAACUUUUCAGCUAAACCAGCAUUUGCGGCAGGAGAAAAUUAUUUAUCCACCUUAUGGUCCAUAGAAAUUGAGGCUGCACUGAAAGAUGGUUCCCUCAAAACUCUGAAAUAUAUGUUAAAAGUACCACCAGAGUCACCGCAAGCUAUGGCUAUAGUUACUAUGCUAAACUCUUUCAAACGUGAACUGAUAGCCUAUUAUGAACUUUUGCCUGCUUUUGAAGAAUUGUAUAAGAAACAGGAUCACAAAAUACAUAUUGCACCAAAAGCUUUUAAAUUCGAUAAAGAUUUAGGCAUGGAUGUCAUUUUAAUGGAGGAUAUACGUGUAAAUGGUUUUAAAACUAUGAAUCGUUUAGAGGGUCUCGAUAUGGAACACACAAAAAACGCCUUACAAAAACUAGCACAAUUUCAUGCUGCCUCCGCUGCUUAUAUAGCAGAAAAGGGCAGUUUACCAGAUCUACUAAUGAAACCAAUGAUCAAUCAGGAAAUGCUAAAAAUGUUGACCCAGUCCCAGAAGCCACAAGAAGCUAAAUUAUUGGGAAAUUUACAUCUUUAUAAAGCAGAACAUUUGAGAGAGAAAAUCAUCAAUUAUCAAUCUAAAUAUAUUGAGCAAAUUUAUGAGAGUGAUAAUGCGAGUACGCAAAACCCAGAUGGUUUUUAUAUAUUUAGUCAUGGUGAUUGUUGGUCCAACAAUAUAAUGUUUCUACACGAUGAUAAGGAUCAUAUAAGUGAAACAUUAUUUGUGGAUUUUCAAGCUGGUCGUUGUGUUACUCCAGCUUUGGAUUUACAAUAUUUUUUGCUAUCAUGUCCUUGUUUGGAUAUAAAAAUUAAAUAUUUUGAUCAUUUUGUUCAACAUUAUCAUCAAGAAUUAGUAAAACAUUUAAAGAUAUUAAACUAUACAAAAUCUGUGCCAUCUUUAACUGAAGUUCAUAAGUGGAUGUACAAAACUAGUUAUAUGGGUUAUACUGUUAUAUUAAAAUCUUUACCCGUUUUCCUAUUGGAUCCCACUACGACAAAUGAUAUUUCUAUGGAUAAUAUGAUGGGUGAUAAAUCGAGUGGUAGCGAUAUGCAACAAGCUAUGUAUACAAAUGAACGUUAUGCCAAACAUUUGCAACAAAUUUUACCUUGGAUGGAAAAUCGCGGUUAUUUUGAGGAGUAUAUGAUUAAAAAUGGACUUGGAACUGUACAGUAUUAUUUGAAAACGCUUAAUAGAAUGACUACAAAUAAUGAGGAAGUAAUAGAAAAUACUGGUUUUAAAGAUAUACCGCCCUGGCUAAAUGAAAAACUAUUUGAAGAAUUUUUGGAAAACGAUUUUCCAAAUUAUCGUAAAAUAAAAGAUUUUACUGUUAGACCGGCUGUUAAAACUGGAGAAAAUUAUAUGACUGUUGUGCUGAGAAUAGCACUUAAUGUAGAACUAUAUAAUGGAACUGCAACAACAACCUCAUAUAUGGUAAAAAUAAAACCCAUACCGGAAAAGCUACAAUUCAUGAUUAAAGAAUGGAAACUCUUCGAUAAAGAACGCAUUACUUAUAUGAAAUAUCUGCGAAUAUUUGAGAAUUACUAUCAAAAUGCUGGUUGUAAGAUAAAAUUAGCUCCUCGUUUACUCGAUCCUACUAAGUGUAAUAUUAAUGAUGACGAUGUUCUUAUACUAGAAGAUUUAAGACUAAAAGGUUUUAAGAAUUUUAAUCGACAUUUGGGUUUGGAUUUGCUACAUACUAAAGCGGUGUUGAAAAAAUUAGCACAAUUGCAUGCUGCUUCGGAUAAUUAUUUUAUAGAGAAUGGUCCCUUGUCGACAAUAUAUGAUAAAUCUCUUUCCAGUGAUCUUGAUUUGUUUGAAGAUCAUCGCAAAAAGUUAGGCGAGUUAUUUCGUGAAAAUUUAGAUUUAUAUGGAAAUUUUAAAUAUUUAGAAGAGAAAUUGAAAAUCUUCUUUGAGACAAAACCAGAUCCAUUUCAAUUACAAUCUGAUUGGAAAACCAACAACUUUAACGUUCUCAAUCAUGGUGAUUGUUGGACCAACAAUAUUAUGUUUCAAUAUGAUGAUAAUGAUCAGCUAAAUGAAACAUUAUUUGUGGAUUUUCAAAUGAGCCGCUUUGGUACUCCAGCCCAAGAUCUUUAUUAUUUACUGUUGUCAUCAACAAAUUUAGAGGUAAAAUUAAAAUAUUUCGAUUAUUUUAUUUACUAUUAUCAUCAGCAAUUGGUGGAACAUUUAAAAUUGUUAAACUAUAAGGGAAAAAUACCCACUCUUAAAGAGAUUCAUAUGGAGCUGCUAAAGCAUGAUUAUUGGGCUUAUCCUACCAUUAAUCACUUGAUGGUAAUACUACUUUGUGAAUCACGUCAUGAUGCCAAUGUUGAUAAUUUGAUUAACGAGGAUAAUGAAGAAUUUAAAAGAUCAAUGUAUAAAAAUGAUUUGUAUGUAAAACAUAUGAAUAUAUUAAUACCAUGGUUAGAUAAUAGAGGAGCUUUUGAUGUAUAGGAAAGAUAAUGUAAAGAUGUAAUAUUCAUAUAUGUAUUAUAGUGUCAAGUAAAACAAUAUUUUGCUGCAACAACAGAAAAAUAAAACAAGUGAGAGUACUAUGUUCGGAUGUGCCGAAUCUUUAAUACCCUCUACCAGCAAGCUUCUUUUUAUUU